AUGCUGCUGACCCUUCCCGACGCUCUCCAGCUCCACGUGCUCAUCUUCGUGUCGCUUCGCGACGUCCGCUCCGUCAAAGCAGUCUGCAGUGCCAUGCUCGCCCACGCUCGCUCCAUCCUACGAAAUGCCGAGUGGCUCAGCCUGCACGGUGCUUCAUUUGGCUUGCUGGAAGGCGCAAGCGCGGGCACCAGCACCAGCAGUGAUGUGGUGGGCGCGGCCGGCGAUGUGGUGGAUAUCACCUCGAUCUUCACACCCGUGCCUGCGCCCCCGCCCGCGCCUGCCGGGGAGCUGCGCGCCUGCAGCAAGUGCGGUCAGAGCCUAGGCCGAGCUUCCUUUGGGAAGAAGCAGUGGCCCAAGGAGGAACGGAGGUGCCACCCGUGCUUGGGGCAGAAACCGCCUGUCCGCCAUAACGCGCCGGCCACCGUCGAGCCUCUCACCUUGAGCUCGUGCGUCAUGCUGCCCAGUGGCGCCCUCUGCCUGUCCGACCUCUCGACGCGCAAACUGCACUUGGUGACGCUGCGCGAUGAGAAGCUCGGCGAGGUCGUCAUGUCUGCUGGUGGCAGCCAGCUGUACGCCCCACGCCGUCUGACGUGCGGCAACGGCAAGCUCUUCUUCGCCUCGAAGCCCGCCGAUGUGUCGGAGAAGACCGAACAGGAGCACGGCCCCUACCCAGCGACGGUGGUCGGAUGGUGCACCAUCGCGGAUCUGCGCCCCGGCACGACGGUCGACCCCACCGUGCUUGAAUGGGACGACGCACUGGGCGGAACGACCAAAGAGGCGAGCGUGGAGGUGCAUGGCGAGUCCUUGCACAUCGCCGUCGGCGCGGGCAUGGUGUUCGUGCUCACCGGAGAGCGCUGUCCCGGCGCCCGGCCGUGGGAGUAUUACGACGAUGGCGAGGACGAUGACGACCGCGAGUACAAGGUGUUCGUGUUCAAGGACGGUGCGACGCGUCACCACCACAGCUUCUCUCUCGGAGAGUACUCGUUCUCUGACGCGCCGAACCAGCUCGUCUGCCUCGCACGCACUCUGCUGAUGACCAUGUGCGACAGCGUGCACGUCUUCUCUCUGGAAGGAGAGCCCCUUCGGAAGGUGGUCCCGGCCAUCCCGCUCCAUCUCGCAGGGACUCCCACCUCGUGCGGCUUCGAGGUGCAGGACAUGUUCACCGCCAGCGGGAGGCUCUACCUGAGCGACAUGCGAAACCUGCUGGUCUACUCGUGGGACGGGGCGGAGCUCACCCUGCUGCAGAGCGCGAGCGCCAGCGAGGGAUUUGCCGCGUUCGAUAUGUCGAUCCCGAUGCAGCGCCGCGCGCGCCGCGCGAUGCGGCCUUGCGCAGAUGAGAGCCACGUAUGCUUGCUGUCCGCGCAAGGGGGGAUGGAAAACGACGCUUACUCCCUGACCGCCCAGCUGUUUGCGGUGCGCGGAAGCCGCCGCGUGGUCUGA